AUGAGGCACUCCUCCAGUGCUGAAGUCAUCCUCAUCUUGCUUUCAAUCGCUCAUUGUGCCAAAGCCCUUCCUGCAAGUGUUUGGGUCGUUGAUAUUGAUAACAGUCCAGCACCCCCUCCAGACGAAGGCCCACCUUUAUCAGCUGGUGCUCUGAGAGACGAGUCCAAACUCAAGUACGAAAUCGCCGGCAUUGUCGGCGCAUACUUUGUUUGGCUUCUCAUAACUUUGGUGCUUUUGUUGACUGUCGGGAAAAGACUUCGCCACAAGAUUCAGACCUCGAAUCAGUCAUUAAGCAUGGAAAUCGUCAAACCCUCUCCGCUCAGCAGCCAUCCAGGAAUGAGCAUGGAUUCUCCGCUCAAGAGUCCAGGGAAGAUGGCCAGUCUCAGAUCAUGGGCUUCUGGUGGCAAGGGUCACAGUCACAAACCAUCCAAUGUCAGUACGGCAACUACCAUUGAUGAGAAGAUUGUGGAAGCGGACAAGAUGAAAAGCAUGGAUGAAAUGGCCAAGCUAUAUGCUGCCGUGAUGGUUCAUGAUGAAGAGCGGUCACAAAAGGCAAUGAACAGUAGCCAGACCACUCCCAAAACUCCCUCAUUCCCACUUUCUCCACGGUCACCUUAUGCACAUUCUCAAAUGACUUUACCCCCGACACCUCGAUCACCAUACUAUCAGCCAAAUUUGACGAGCGGGCCCGCAUCACCCCGCUCUCCUCGAUAUCCACCUGAGUUCCAACAUCUCCGAAAUCAGUCAGCUGAAGCCAACAACUAUGGAAUUGAGCCUGCAACACAGACACUGAUCAAUCCAAUGGCACCUACUCCGGUCGAGGAUCCGUCAACACGUGCGUCAUCACAGACCAGCACUCGGAAAUUCAAAGCCUCGCCGCUAUCCCUGGCCUCCACAAGAGCCGACUCAGCCUCGGGAAAGCGACGACCAAGCCAGAUUUCCGUCCGCGGCCAACCAAUCUCUCAACCAAUCGGCUCCGCCAGCUUCAACCCAUCAACGGCCUAUAACGAGAGCGCCAUCGAGUCUCCCAGAAUCUACAAUCCAGGCCCCCCACCCCCAACGCCUGGUCAAAAGAGUGCCAUUGGCUCCAUCCAGAUCCAGGAGAUCGAGAAACGCCGUCCAUCAGUCCCGCUCUCCGUGACCAGCACCGCCGGCGCAAGUGCAUCCAACAACUCUCUUCCCUUCCGCCAGUUCUACGCGGAAACAUUGAGGAGCGCCCCACCAACCAAGACCACAUUCCUGGAGAAGCGCGAGAGCAUCCUCGGUGUGCAUCCCAAGACCGGCGUGCCGCAGACCCCAUACAGUCCAUAUACACCCUUCACGCCCAUGACGCCGAUCACCCCACGUCAUCUCGUGACCAAGGAAGACCGAAGACGGAAUCGCAAAAAGGAGGGCCUGAAAGUCCUCAGUGAAGACGAUAUGGUCGUGAGUGACGAAGAUAUGUGGGGCAAGUAG